AAACAUUUGUGAUUUUGUCCACAUUUGGUUAUUACAGAUUUCAAACAUAAACAUAAUUACACAAGUUAUUAAUUUCACAUCAUGGCUAAUUAAGCAAAUAUCAUUGUAAUGAACUCAAAUUUCAUAAAAUAUUCCAUUUUCCGCAUCCGAAGUUAUUCAAAAAUUUCAAAACACGUCCCUGUCCCUCAUUCUUCUUCUAAUUUAAAUUUGGUUCAACUCAUCAGUUCAAAAUCAAAGCUCAUCUCAUAGAGACUCGUGCCAUUCUUUAACAUCCUAGAUUCCUCAAUCUCGCUCUCUCUCUCUCUCUAUCUCCUUCUUCUUCUUCUCCUAGUAUUCUUUUCUUCUUCGAAACAAAAAGUUAAAAACAAGAAGAAGAAUAAAAAUGAAGACCGGCACCAAACUCAUACUCCUCCACCCUUCCUCUCUUCACAAACAAGGAUCAGCCGCCGCCUCCGCCGCCGCUGCCGCGGCGUCCUACCGAGUUUGGCUCCUCGUUUUCGUUUCCUUCUUCACUUUAGUUACUCUCCUCACUUUAAUCACAUCCAAAGAGGCAUUGUCCUCCGCCGCCGCAGCGGCGGCCGGGAAUUCCCCCGGGGGUGACAAAUCCGUCAAGGUUGCUUUACCGGACUCCGUUUUCGACGCAUUGGUCCACUACGCCUCCGUCAACACCACCGCCGUCACGAACCGCUUCUCUGCAUCUGAGCUCGGUGCUGUCGCCGCCGUGCUCCGGCGGUGCAACGCCAACAAGGGGAAGAAACCGUGUAAUUUUCUCGUAUUUGGGCUGACCCACGAGACUCUGUUAUGGAGCUCGCUCAAUUACAAUGGCCGGACGGUUUUCGUGAGCGACAACGAUUACUUCGUUCGCCGGCACGACGAGAGGCAUCCGGAGAUCGAGGCUUACGAUGUCCAGUUCACGACUAAAGUGCGGGAAAUGUACGAGCUUUUGGCCUACGCGAAAGAGCAGCUGAAAAGUGAUUGCCGGCCGGUUCAGAAUCUUCUCUUCUCCGAUUGCAAAUUGGCGAUCAAUGAUUUCCCAAAUUAUGUGUACGACGUGGAUUGGGAUGUGAUUUUAGUCGAUGGGCCGUACGGGUUCGCCCCGACUGCGCCCGGGAGGAUGGCGGCGAUAUUCACCGCCGGGGUUUUUGCCCGGAGCAAAAGGGGCGGCCGGGACAAGACCGACGUGUUCAUUCACGAGUUUGACCGGGAAGUGGAACGAGUUUACAGCGACGAGUUUUUGUGCAGAGAGAAUUUGGUACAAGUUGUGGACACGUUGGGUCAUUUCUCGGUGGGCAGAAUGGAUGCCCAAAGGUUCGAAUUUUGUCCCAAUUCCGAUUCAAUUUCAUUACAAUCCUCUUCUUCUUCUUCUCCUUCGUACUCAUCGAAGCCUAGUUCUUCUGAUAAUUGAUGAAUUAGUUUAUACUACAUUGUGAAUUAUAUUCCUUUUUUUUUUUUUUUCCCUUCUUUUUUCGGUUCAGAGUUCAGACAAAUCACUAGCAAUACUGUUACUACUUUAAAGUGUACUUUUCUUUCUUUCACUUUAUGAUGGAAAGUUCAAAUGUAAAUAUGGGGACUUUUUCCAAUUUGAAGAAUUGAGAAAAGAUUUUGAUGUUUAUUACAACCGCGU